AUGAUUCCAUGGACGUUCGCUCUAACUCGGUUUUGGCGCACCAGUGUACGCGUCUGUGUCGACAACAGCGUGUGGUUCUUCUGGAACUUCAGCCUCGUGAAGGCUCCGUACGUGCUGGCCGGCGCGCUGCUCUUCACGGUCAUGUACUACCCCAUGAUGGGGCUCGGAUACCCGGUCAAGGACGCGCUAUACUGGGUCAAUCUAGCGCGGCUGGUCCUGUUCAAAGAGUGCCUGGCGCAGCUGGCCAUGUUCUCGGCCUCGACCAUGACGCUCGCGACCAUCAUUGGCAUCUUGAAGCUAUACUCCUACUGA